AUGUCACCACCAGUAUCACGGCGAGCUAAUAAUGAGCCAGGCCGCAAAAGUGGCAUGUUUGUCUUUGAUUCGAAGUUGGGGGCCAAUUCGUCGAGGGGUACCAAGCGUGCGAGGCCUGAUGAGCUGCAUGAGCUCCGAAGUCGGUUGCGCACCUUAGAAAAUUCUGUCGGCAGGACUUCUGUGCUUCAGACGCCUGAGGCAUCUGUCGGUGAUUUUUUCUCUCCCUCUGAGGGGGAGACUGCUAUUAGCUCUGAGAAUGUUGGUGUUGAGGAUCGCGUGCGAUUUUUACCUGAUGCGAGUUUCCGGGGGAAGAAGGCCAAAACAAGGUAUUUUGGUCGCAGUCAUUAUACGACGACUGUGUCAUUUUUCCAAGACAUUGGUGCUUUUAUGCGCCGGGGUCACGGAUGCCGAGAAGUCAAAGAUCAGGAGUAUACUGACAUGAAAAAGUUCAAGACUGAACUUUGGUCCCGCGAGACACAAGAUCACCAGCGCUCGUUCCGUGAACAGCCGUUUAACCUGGACGAAAUGGUGCCAUCGCGACAGGUCGCAGAUCAUCUCCUACAACUCUAUCUGGAUACAUUUGAGACGACGUAUCGCAUUUUACACACUCCGACCUUUUUAAAGGAGUAUGCCGACUACUGGGCCGGUACCCAGCCAUCCGACACGGCAUUCCUGGCCCAGCUACUAGCUGUGAUGGCUGCCGGUAGCUGUUUCUAUGUGUCGACACCAGGUCAAGACGACCGAGACGCAUUCCAGGUACCCGCUAUGCGAUGGAUCAUGGCUGUGCAGUCCUAUAUCUCAUGCACAUUUGUCAGCCCGGAGAUAGAUCUGCGAAUGCUCCAGACGCAAUGUCUUCUUCUCGUGGCUCGCCUUGGAGUUGCAAGUGACGGCGAUGUAGCUUGGGCGUCCAUGGGAUCGCUGAUUCGAUCUUCAAUGACUAUGGGACUACAUCGUGAUCCGACUCGUUUCCGCAAAUGUCCUCCUUUUUAUGCUGAGCUGCGGCGCCGGCUGUGGGUUACUAUUGUCGAGCUGGAUCUCAAAAUCUCUCUUGACCGCGGGGUUCCACCAUCGGUUGAUCUAGACGAGUGUGACUGCGAUCUACCGUCUAACUGGAACGAUUCGGAUCUAGUACUGGAUAUGGAGCAUAACCCAGCACCUCUCAGCACUGCUCUCUACACGCAGAACUUCUACCAGACUCUCCUGAUGAAGACUCUACCAUUGCGUUAUCGUAUCGCCAGGAAAAUAAACACUCUUCGAUUUAACCUGUCUUACGACGAUGCUCUAAGAAUGGGCGACAUACUCUCUCGCAACAUGCAGAGUGCAUCAUCUCUGUUCGAAGACAACGCAACGAGCACGUUACCCGAAGAAGCAAGUCGCCACCAAUUCGCCCAGUCUUUACAUCUAUUCAUUAUGCGCAAAUUCCUUCUCGCCCUCCAUCGCCCAUUUUCUCUCAGUGUGGUCCGACUACCCAAAUGCUCAUACUCGCGCAAAGUCUGCUUGGAGGAAUCUCUCGGCAUUAUUUCGCAAAUGGAACUCCCCCUUUUGCCUGAGGAUAUCCAGUAUCCCCAUAUUACACAGCUCGGCAGCGGUAUGUUCCGCGAUGAGACUUUCCACGCUGCAAUCACAGUUUGUGUGGAGUUAUCACUCCAAGCAAAUGAAAUGAGAGCAUCGGCUUCCUCGGGCAUGGACGGUGUGAACUCUAGUGUUUUGAUGAGCAUGAUUCAAUCACAGCAGGGCGUUAUGAUGCAAGCUAUCGAGCGUACAGCUGAUAAUUUCGGGAGACGAAUUGGUGUUGGUGGAAAGGGAUGCAAGCCAUUCUUCUUUUUGAAUAUCAUCAUGGCAUCUGUCAAAUCCCGUGUCAAGGGUGAAGAUCCUUUGUGCAAUGUUGAGUCUGCCGCGAAGAGAGCGGUUCGGAUUUCUCGAGCGGUGUUAGAUGGGGCUUCAUAUCGUGAUGCUCAGAUUAAUGUGGACACUCGACCGGUUCAGACGCCCAUCCUUUCGGGUGCCACUCCAAUGACUGGUACGCCGAGUGAUAUUGAUCCUUCCUCCUUGUUAUCAACGGACUUCAGUGAUUUUACACCAAUGGAUCUAGGAGGCUGGUUCGACGGCUUGGAUUACACCGGCCCAGAGUUGUGGGAUGCUGAUCUCUUUAAAAAUCUCCCAGCGUUUCCCUGA